UUUACCUUUAUGUUUAUGUUCUAUUCACUCUAUGUAAAGUAGGGUUUUUGACAUUAAAAGCGUAAAUUAAAUUAAAUUUUUCAACUGCUGUGAAUUUUUUUAAAACUGUAAUGAAAGACCAUUUAUUUAAAUCUUCAGACUGUUUAAGUACCUCAAGUAAAAAUGCACAUGUCAUGAUUUCAUUGCCUGCUGCUGAUAUUAACAGAGUUACUGCCGAAAAUGUGAAUCCUUUCUUUUGGCGUGUCGUUUCUGCGUUAUUUUAUGGAAUAUCAUCAUUUUUAAUUAUCGUUGUAAAUAAGAUAGUUUUGACGAAUUACAAAUUUCCUUCUACUCAUGCUUUAGGCAUUGGACAGAUGUUGGUGACAAUACUUGUUUUAUAUAUUGGCAGAUAUUUUAGCAUUAUCAAGUUUCCUUCUAUUUCAAGUGAUGUGCCAAAGAAAUGCGAAAUCGAGUUAUUCUACUACUUGUGCAGUUGCUGCAAAAUUUGGCCUUUGCCUUUAUUCUUUAUAGGAAACUUAGUAUGUGGUUUAGGAGGCACAAAGCAUCUUAGCCUUCCAAUGUUCACAGUGUUGCGACGAUUUACUAUUUUAAUGACAUUAGUGGGAGAAUAUCUUAUUCUCAAAACAAGGCAAAGCUUACCAGUUGUCCUCACUGUAUUUGCAAUGGUUGGUGGUGCCAUAAUUGCAGCCUCGUAAGUUUUUUUUU